AAAUCCUGAGUCCAUAUAUAUUUUAUGAUCAGACCCGACCCAAACCCGUCCUGUUGCCGUCCCUAACUACUCAUCAAUCAUUAUCCACAGCCGCAACGCAAAUGCUCUCCACAAUUGACGCGUCAGCUACACGUUUCGUUACCCUCUCUCUCAUGAACUCACUGACUCACUGACCUGCUAGGCCCGGCCCGACCUUCACGGUGGGGUGGGAUGGUUGAGGUGGGGUACCUCAGAACCUGUGGGGCUGUCCCGGUCCAGGAGACUUUAAAACUGCCAUUGUUGUCUGUCUGUCUCUCUCUCUCUCACUUCAACUUCAUUUGCUGCAAGUCUGCAGUUGUAUUUAUAUAUAGCCCAGCCAUCCCUCCUUCACAAUUUGGAGGCUAACCUUUAUCUGCUCUGCUCUGCUGCAACUUCUUUUUAUUUUUGAACCUAAACCUCUUCGCCUCCCAUGUGUUUGUAAUUGUGUGCGAGUGAUCAUCGGUUAGCUGUUUGGUAAAUUCAUGGAAUUGAAGAAUAUGAUUGCUCUCGUUUCCCGCACUGGAAGGCAUAUGCAGCGCUACAAUUUUCUGGGGCACCGUCAAGUUGUAGGAUGUAUUCCAUACAGAUAUAAGUGUGGCAAUGGGACGCCCCAUAUAUCGGAUGAGGAUGAAAUCGAAGUCCUUGUCAUCACGUCACAGAGAAAAGGAAAAGGGAUGUUGUUUCCAAAGGGUGGUUGGGAAAAAGAUGAAUCCAUGGAAGAUGCUGCCCUCCGUGAAACAGUGGAGGAAGCCGGGGUAGUAGGGGAUGUUGAGCAUAAGUUGGGUGACUGGACUUUCAGCGGCAAAAACAAUGACAUGUGGUGUGAGAGCCACAUGUUCCCCUUGCUCGUGAAGGAACAACUUGAAUUAUGGCCUGAGAAAAACUCCCGCCAGAGAAUAUGGGUAAGUGUAAGAGAAGCAAGAAAAGUUUGUCAGUACUGGUGGAUGAAGGAAGCCUUAGAAUUAUUGGUGAAGCGGCUGACAAUGCAAAUCAAAGUGCAAGGCGGCAGCGAGGCAGAAACUGGUUCGCUUAGCCAAAAAGGCAGGAAGAAGUCUAACUUGUAGGAACAAUGGAACAUUGUGAGUGAGGAUUGGAAAUUGACAAAAGUAGAUACAAAGUAGUAAAAUUCCUGUCCUGUCCUGGAAGAGAAGAGAAGAGAAGAGAAGCUAAGCUGGCAAAUAAUUGAUUGAUGGCUGCUGUUUGUGACCAUUUGUAAUUGUAAUUGUAAUUGUGGUUUGGUUAGGAGACAAAGAUUCCUCAACUUGAGCCAGCAACAUAAUUAAUAACUAUUCUUAUAAUCUGGACUGGACUGGACUGGACUGGACUGUACUGUAGUAGUAGUAGUAGUAGUUCAUUUGUUUUAUAGAGAAGAGCCUCUAAUUUAUUAGCAUGCAUCUCUGUAUGUAGUGCAAUGUAAUGUUUGAUGCUUCAUGCCGCCUUUUGUGAUUGUUUUUCUCCCAAAGUUGCAAACUAGGAAGGAAGGAUUUUCCUGUAUGCUCCCAAGAUGAUAUAGUAAUAACAAUAAUAAUAAUAAUAGUUUACUGUC